GAGUCCCGACGUGCCGCGCGCGGCAUGCGGAGGCUUCGCUGAGAGGGCACGGGCGGUCGCGAGCACGUUGCUAGUGGGCGCGGCUGGCGGGCCGGAGGCGGUGGGGGGCUGGCGUCCGGCUGAGUCCCGCGGGUUCUGGCACCCGGACCCGCACUCGGUCGGGGUCCUCUGCUGAGUAACACUGCCGUGGCGUUCGAGGAGCUGUGGUCCAGCCCGCGCGGCGGGAAGCGGCGGCCCGAGCGUCCUAAGAGCAGCUGUAGCAGACAGAGACCCUGAUUGCCCUUCCUUUCCACAAGACAUCAUCCUGGCCCAUCACAUUGAUGGUGGUGUGCUGAUUGGACCUGGUGGGCAAGAAGGAACAACUACUGUUGACUUACUGUUUCUCUGGGUCAGGAGUGUGGGCACAUCUUAGCUGGUUUGCUGCUGAGCAUCUCAAAGUGUCAAGCAGGCUGCAUUCUCAUCUGGAGGUUCAACUGUGGAAGAACCUGUUUGCAAACUCAUUCAGAAACUGAAACCUAUCAACACUCUUCAAAAUGCAGUGGAGUGUACCACGGACUGUAUCUCGGCUGGCACGCAGGACAUGCUUGGAGCCACAUAACGCUGGUCUUUUUGGACGCUGUCAAAAUGUAAAGGGACCUUUACUUUUGUACAAUGCUGAAUCCAAAGUGGUUUUGGUACAAGGCCCUCAAAAACAAUGGUUGAAUUUAUCUGCUGCCCAGUAUGUUGCAAAGGAAAGGAGGCCAUUGGAUGCUCAUUCACCCCAACCAGGAGUCCUUCGCCAUAAGCAAGGGAAGCAACAUGUUUCAUUCAAGAGGGUUUUUUCAUCCAGUGCCACAGCUCAGGGAACUCCAGAAAAAAAGGAAGAGCCUGAUCCUUUGCAAGACAAAUCUAUUAGUCUUUAUCAACGAUUCAAGAAGACAUUUAGACAGUAUGGAAAAGUUCUGAUUCCAGUGCAUCUAAUAACUUCUGGUGUUUGGUUUGGAACAUUUUAUUAUGCGGCCUUGAAAGGAGUGAAUGUCGUUCCUUUUCUGGAGCUCAUUGGGUUACCUGACGGUGUGGUGAGCAUCCUGAAGAACUCGCAGAGUGGAAACGCGCUCACGGCGUAUGCCUUGUUUAAGAUUGCAACACCUGCUCGGUAUACCGUGACUUUGGGAGGAACAUCCUUCACCGUGAAGUAUCUGCGCAGUCAUGGCUACAUGUCCACGCCACCACCCGUCAAGGAGUAUCUACAGGACAGGAUGGAGGAGACAAAGGGGCUUAUCACAGAGAAGAUGGAAGAAACAAAAGACAGACUCACUGAAAAGUUACAAGAAACCAAAGAAAAAGUUUCCUUUAAGAAAAAAGUGGAAUAAGGUGCCUUACAGCAGUAUAGAAGUAUAGCAGUGUGGAAAAUUCCUGCACUUUAACCCUUUGGAAACUGUGGGCAAAGAUACAUGUGUCUGAUUAUUUUUUUGGUUAGUUGUCUAAAUAUACAAGUUCUCUGAGGGUUAAAGAAGUAAAAUACCUUUUUAAAGUUAAAUAUCACUAGAAAAAUCAGUGUUAUUACAAGGAAAGAAAUGAACCCAGUGUAAGAAUUUCCCAUCAGUAGCAGUAUUAAGCAGUGGUGAACGUCGUAGAAGUCAUACUUCUUUUUCCAGGUCUUCAGAACCACACUUGAUUUCUGUUUUGUUGCAGCUGUAAUUGAUGCACACUAGAGGCAGUUGACUCCUGGAAUAACCAGUGCGACCCAUAAAAUAAGCUAAUACUGGAUCUUAAUUUUUAUGUUAUUCAUUAAGGUUUUAACUAUAUUCAGUACGUAAUUUGGAGACAAACUAGCAUCAUCAAAACUGCCUGUGAAUAAGAAGGUAUUUAGUCUUUCUAUAAAAACAGAAUAGAGCAGUUACCUACCAGUUAAAAUAUCUUAUAUGAAGAAAAUAGAAUAAAGAUUCAGUCAUAUAUAUGUAAAUACGAUGUAUUGAUUGUACGUAAAUGAAAAAUGGACCCUUUAAAAAUUAUUUUUACCUGAAGCUUGUCAUAAUUUUUUUAAGCAAAUAUAUAUAUGGUGAUGGUAUUUUUCGAAGUGUGUAUUGGUGGUGAUCGCCUCAAACAUAAACCUCUCAUGAAUUAUUUGUGUCCUUUUCAGCUAAUCUUUCAGAGGAAAGGUGAACAAUCAUUAAACCUUAAAUUUAUUGUUAAAAUCAAAUGUUUUUCAGCAGUAACUCAAGCUCAUGGUUCUCAAGCAGACAAAGGUUGGGAGACUAAAAAUGGAGUCAGGUUGUCAUGGAGACUGCUAACUCCUUGGGUACAUCUUACAGUUGGGAUUAAUUCACCUAUAACCUCUGUGAACUGCGAGUGCUCGGCAGAAGCAGGCCCGUGUCUCGUUGAAUGUCUACAUUUAUAUUUAUUUUUUUGAGACAGAGUCUCAGUCUGUCACCCAGGCUACAGUGCAGUGGCAUGAUCAUAGCUCACUUGCAGUCUUGAACUCCUGGCUCAAGUGAUCCUGCCACCUCAGCAUGCUGAGUAGCUAGGACUACAGGUGCACACCACCAUGGCUGGCUAAAUGCAUGUCUGCGUUUAUGCAAGGUAUGUUGACCGGGUGGGGAGGGAGCUAGGACUGAGAUUCGCCUCUGUGAAAUGCACAAAAAGGGUUUGCUAAGCAAAUUGGUAUUUGAAGUGAAAGAUGGAUUAAGUGAGAGACUUAGUUUAUUCAGGAAUAAGAGCAAAACCAACCACAUGAAAAAAUGUAUUUUACUGAGACAGCCUUUUGUGCAUACCACAGGGUGCUGUUUACAGAUUUCAAGAAAGGAGAAAAAGAAUGCUUACAUUGAGAUUACCUACCUCCCAGUAGUGAAAAUAAUAAAUUAUCCUUUGAAAUAUAA